AUGAUUUCAUCGAUUUUUUGCUGUUGCUCGAAAUCGCAGCCAACUAUUAAAAGGUCGGUUUUUUUGGGGAGGGAAUUUGGAAUUUUUGAAAUUUUGGGAAAAGCGGGAAAUCAACUUUUUAAGUUUUUCAGAAUAUUAUGAAAUUCUUGAAACAGUAAAUUUUUUUUGUGAAUUUUGAAAUUACAAAAAUUGAAAAAACUUAUGUAGGAAUAAUAAUGGUUUUUAUUUCAAAAAUAAAUUAUUAUGAAAUUUUUGAAACAGUAGAUUUUUUCAAUGAAAAUUUAAUUUUUAUUUUUAAUUCUGUCUACAUUUGGACUACUGAUCAAUUAUUACAUUGCAGCAAAAAAUUAUGAAAUUUUUGAAACAGUAGAUUUUUUUUCUCAGAAAAGUACAAACCAAGUGCAUACAUUUCUCAAAAUGAUGAUUUUCAGUGAAAAAUCAUCUAAUGACUUAAAAUUGCGUCAAUUUCUGUUUUCUCUGGUAGAAAAAAAAUGAUUGCUGAAAUUUGUAACAAUUUUUGAAAAUAUAUAUAAUUUCUGAAACAGUGAAUUUUUCUCACUUCAAACUUCAUGGGAAAAUUUAUAGAAAGAAAUCUCAAUGCAUCAGCGUUUUCCAAUUUUCACAAAAAAUAUACACAAAUUUUGAAACAGUGAAUUUUUGAGUUUGAAAUAAUUUUGGGAUAAUUAAUCCAGCUAAUUAAUCCAGCCAAAAACUACAAGAAAAUUCAAAUUUUUUCAUAUAAAAUUUUUGAAACAGUAAUUUUUGUCAGAAGUAUUCCGAAAACCCCACAAUUUCUGGAUUUUCAGAAAUGAAUUUUUGAAUUUCAAAAACCAAACCAAAAAACAAAAAACAUUUACAAAAUUUUUGAAACAGUGAAUUUUUUGCAGAACAAUAACAUUGGGUUGUUUUGGAAUUGAUGGAGCUGGAAAAACGACACUUUUGAAGCUGCUAAAAGGAGGUAACUGACUUUUUCAGAAAAAAAAUUUUAAAAAAUUUCAAAAAAAUUUUUUUCCCAGAGGAUCCUCGAAAUGUUCUGACAACAAAUGGUUUUUCAAUGCUAGAAAUGAUAUAUGAUUCGGAAAUCAAUCUGAAAAUUUAUGAUAUUGGAGGAAAUGAGGGAAUUCGAGAUAUUUGGCCAAAUUAUUAUGGAGAAGUUUAUGGGAUUAUUUUUGUGGUUGAUUAUUCGAGUGAACAAAGGUUUAAUGAAUCGGUUGAGGUUGGUUUAGGCUGAUUUUUUGUGGCUUUGAUUGAAAUUAAAAUAACAAAUAUUGAAACAAGGAAUUUUUGAAACAGUGAAUUUUUUAGGAAUAAAAAUUUCAUCCGAAAAUAGUUCACUGUUUCAAAAUCUGUAUCAAUUUCCGAACGUGAAUGAAUGAUUUGCUUGUUUGAUUGGCAACAUAAAUUCAGAAAAAUUCACUGUUUCAAAAUUUGAAUAAAUAUUUGUGACAUAGAAAAUUGUUUGAUUUCCCCUUUAUUUUGAUCUCAAUCAAAAAUUCACUGUUUCAAAAAUUCUUAAGUUACCUAAUUUUUUCUAAAUAUAAUUCUUGUUCGCGUCUCUUAGGACGGAAAAGUUUAGGAAAAGUUCAGAAAAUUCCCUGUUUCAAAAGUUGCAUUAAUUUUUUUGAGUGAAAUUAAUUUUGAUAAUCGGAUAACAGAAACUAUUAUUAAUAUUCAAAUAGAGUUAAUUAAUACAACAAUUUGAGUCUUAUCAAUUUUAAAAAUUCACUGUUUCAAGUUUUCUAUUGGUUUUUCUGAAAAAUGUAAAUUCUCAAUAGUUCUUCCUUCAUCACUAAAAAAUUUACUGUUUCAAACUUUAUUUAAAAAAUUUUUAUUGAUAUAAGAAAAAUGUUAUAAAAUUUACUGUUUCAAACUUUUCUUAAUUUUUUUCUUAUUUGAAAAUAAAUCAAUUUGAUCAUGUAAUCGUACAUACUAAAAAAAACCUGUGAAAUAUGUUUUAAACUUUCCAGAAAAAUUUACUGUUUCAAAAUUUUCUCAUUUUUUGAUCUCAGAAAAUUUUGUGAUCGAUAAUGAAACUCGCUUUGUAUUCUAAAUAUGAAAAAUUUCGAAAUAAUUUCCAGAAUUUCGCAAUUUUCCUCAUUAAUUAUUAAUUUAUCAAAUUUUUCCGAGAAAAAACGAAACCACAAAUUGAAAAUUCGACGAAAAAAAAAAGAUUAGGGAUUUUUGAAACAGUGAAUUUUUUGGGGAAAAAAAUUUUCAAAAAUUCAAAUUUGCCGCAAAAACCUACCGUAUUUUGUUGCAGGUGAUGAGUACUGUAAUAAAACAUCCAUUAUGCGCCAAAAAACCGAUACUUUUUGUGGUCAACAAUCGAAACAACGUGGAAUUUGAUGACGUGGAAUUUUCGAAUCGCGUAAGUUGUUUUUUGAGCUUGUGAAAUUAAUUUUUGAAUGAUUUUUUUUCCUCUGUAACCCACUUCUAUUUCUAUUUCAUUCAUUUUUUCCGCAAAAAUUCAGGCAAGUCUACAGGCAACUUCUGACACACAACAACAAAUGAUUAUGGUUACUCAUAUUAGCAAAUAUAAUGGAUAUGUGAGUUUUUUUUCUGAAUUUUCAAAUUUUCCACGUGGAUUUCAAUAGGAAACUUUCAUUGGAAAAUUUUUUCUAACAAAAAAGUUUUUUCGAAACGUCUAGAAAUGAAAUAACAGAGUUUAAAUAAAUUUUGAAACAGUAAAAUUUUUUUUAUUUUAAAAUUCAGAUUUUUUUUCGUGAAAAUGAGAACUUUUUUGGAAAAAAUUCCGUCGUGCGAGCAUCAAUAAUUUUAAAAAAUUCAAAUUUUUACCGGAUUUUUGAAACAGUGAAUUUUUUUUUGACAUUUUUCAGACUGACUGUAAAAUAUCAAUUUUUUGUAUAUUUUUUCCAACAGUUAUCAAAUUUUAUUAGAUGCUCUAGAUUUUCUCGAAUUUUUGAAACAGUAAAAUUUUCAUGUAGUGCUUCAUGUACCUGCUCAUGUACCUACUCGUGUACCUGCACAUCAAAAAUAACAAAAACAUGAAAAAUUUUGUAAAAUUAUUGAAACAGUAAAUAUUUUUCAGGAAAAAUCAUGGAAUUUUUGAAAGGAAAAUAAUUUUUCUGCAUUUUUUGAAACAGUAAAUUUUUACCUGAUCAAAAAUUUCGAUGAAGUUUUAUUUAAUUUUUUCCCAUCACCAGAAUUUUAUUAAAAUUUUAAUUCAUAGAAAAUGUUUGAAACAGCAAAUUUUUUCCCAUUUUAUUCUGAACAUGAAUAUCGAGGACUUAUCAGGAAAUCAAGAAAUUUCAAAAUAUCUAUAAAAUUUUUGGAACAGUGAAAAAUUAUUGACAGAAAAUUCUAAUUUUUUUUUUGAAAUAUUCUAGACAAUAUAGCGAAUUUCUAUGAAAACUUCCAAAUGUAUUUUAUUUUUGAAACAGUGAAUUUUCAUUUUUUUUGCAGCUCAACGACAUCCGAAAUCCCUCAAUGAAUGUCUAUGAUCGCGCGAAAAAAGAUCGAAAUGCAUUUCAGGAUCAAUUUGUCGCAUUUAUCCAGCUCGUGAGUUCUCCUAACUCUCUCACAGUCAACCUAAAAUCAAUACUUUUUGCAGAUCGUUGAACAUUAUGUAUAUUUAUCUGAAGGUGUUCAGGCGGCUGAACGUGCACUUCAAAUAAAACAACAAGACGAGAAGAUUCGGAGGCAAAUGCUUUUGACGAAACAACAACAUGAUGCGGUGAAGGCUGAAAUUGCGCAGAUGGAAAAGUAAGAGCUGAAAUUAAUUGUUUUUCAAAUCAAACCUUUUUUCCAGCCGCUCUCCUGUUAUCACAACUCAGCCAAUUCAAGCUCCUCCUUCUGCUCCUCUAGCUGAAAUCAAUGCUGAACCCCCAUCUUCUCCGCCUCUAUCACUUGCUAGUUCGACAAUUCCAUCGGAUAUUAUUCAAGGUUCCCCGGAACUUUCGCCUCCGCCAGCACAGCAAAUCAAGUGAGUUCUCUGAAUUUUCAACCAAAAAAUAUUUGAAAUUUUUUAGUCUUUAUAGAAUUUCGCAAACGAGUACGAAACCAGCUUCACCGCAAGAGGCUGCCAAAUCCGAUGAGUAUUUCUUGCCACCAAAAUCACCGGGAAGACAAUUGUCGAGGAUACGAAGAAUUCAGAGUUCAUUGACUGCGAGAGUUGCACCGAAAUAA